UUGUCGGCAGAAGCGUAAGAAUUGUGUUCGGUUUAUUUAAUGAAUUUUAAUAUCAGUUACAAAUUUCUAGUUUCAAAAAACGGUUCAGACUAAACAAAAGCGGGUUCGAGUAUGUGCUUUCACGUCUGCAAUUUAAAGGACAUUUGUCAACAUCGGUCCCACCAGUGCUACAAUUAGCGGCAACUUUAUCGCUUUUGGCCAGUGGAGGUUUCCAAAAUGCAGUUGGCAGCGAUUACUUGAUUGGAUUAGGCCAAAGCUCAGUUUGCAAAAUAGUGUGGAAUGUGGUCAAUGAAUUGGAAACAAAGCUGUGCCCCCAUUUUAUAAAAUUUUCCCCUGAACGCUUUUCUCAGUGCGCGGAAUCAUUUGUACAAAAAUACAAAAUUCCUGGAAGUAUGUAGUUAAGGACACAAAAUCUCACUCGUAAAAAAUGGUUUUCUAAGAAAAAAGAAAUGCUUCUAAUUUAUUUGUAUUUAUUUGUUUUGCAGUUAUUGGAUGCAUUGACGGAACACAUUUUGGGCUACAAAAACCAACUCACAACGAGCACAUGUUUUUCAACCGUAAAGGAUAUCACAGCAUCAAUUCUAUGAUAAUUUGUGACCAUGAAUACAGGAUAUUGGCCAUUGAUUCAAAAUAUGGUGGAGCCGCUGAUGACUCUUUUGUGUGGAAGCAUUCAGCACAAAGGCAAUUUUUGGAAGAGCAAUAUAAUCUUAACAAUUUGAAGAACGUUUGGCUUUUAGGAGAUUCGGGAUAUCCUUUAGAGCCAUGGUGUUUAACGCCUUACAGAAAUCCUGAAGAAGAUUCAAAUCGAGCGCGAUUCAAUGAGGUUCAUGCAAAAUCUAGGUGUAUUGUUGAAAGAACAAUAGGAAUUUUUAAAGGUCGCUGGAAAAUCCUCAGCAAUGACAAGAGAAGUCGUUAUAGGCCAGAAAAAAUAGCGAAGUCCGGCAAUGUGUGUGCAGCGUUGCAUAACGUAUGCAUACAAUUUAAAGAUCCGUCAUAUUGCAGAUAUAACGUAUGCGAAAAUAUUGAAACAGAAGUGGAUAUUGGAAACGAAACUCAUUUAACGAAAAUCUACCAAAAAAUAAGAGAUCAAAUAAUGCUCUCGUUAUCGAAUACUAUUUAGUUAUAACACUAUACACAAGAAUUCAUUCACCACUUUAUUUAUUUCUAAA